AAACCUCAGUCAUUGGAAGUCUCUAACCCUCUCACAAUUCCAAGAUCUUUCUCUCUCGACGUUCACCGUCAAGCAACCUAUGCUGCACCAUCAAGUCGCCAUUGUUGCCCUAAACCAGUAGAUUGGAUGGAGGUAACAAAAUAUUUACUUGCCUUCAUAUUCAUCCCUUUUCUCCAAUUUCCACUUCAAUAAUUUAUCAUAAUUUCUUUCGAUUUUCACUCAAACAUCAAUCAAUCAUCAUGUUCAACUUCAAUUCAUGGCGCCACAAAUCCCUUCUCUACUUCAAGAUUGUAACUUUCUCACCAAUAUCCCAAAACCCAUUACCCCUAUCUCUCUAUUUCUGCACCAACACUUCUCAUUCAACCUCUUUUGCAGUUUCAUACCUCAUCCACAAUUUUGGCUUCUCCCCACUAUUUGCUAACAAACUUUGCUCCACUUACAGUGUUAAAUUUAAGACCAACCAAAACCCUGAUUUAGUUCUCACAUUCUUUAGAAACCAUGGUUUCUCAGAUUCCCAACUACGUGAUACCAUUGCUAAGGCACCGUGGCUGCUUACCUGUGACCCCAUCAAAAGGGUGUUGCCAAAGUUUCAAUUUUUUCUCUCCAAAGGUGCUUCUAACUCCGACAUUGUUAACCUUGUCAGUAUGAACCCUAUGGUGCUCUGUUCAAGUCUGGAGAAUCAAAUAGUCCCAACCUAUGAAUUGGUUUAUAGGUUUUUGAAAUCUCACAAGGACACUAUUGCUUGUGUAAAUCAUAAUUCAACUUUCUUUGGAGACAGGCGUGUGGCAUCUAACAUCAGAUUAUUGACUGAGAAUGGAGUGGCAGACUCUAACAUUGCAAGAAUGCUUAAGACCCAUUGUCGGACAUUGCAGACACGUGACAUGCUGAAGUUGGUGGAGGAAUUAAAGGAUUUGGGUUUCAAUCCUUCAAAAGCAACUUUUGGUGUAGCAUUGAAUGCCAAAACAACUGUACCCGAAGCCCGGUGGAAAGAGAAAGUUGAUACCCUUAAGAAGUGGGGUUGGUCUGAUGAAGAUGUUCUGGUAGCAUUUAGAACGCAGCCUUACUGUAUGUUAGUAUCCAUUGAUAAAAUUAAUUUAGUGAUGAAUUUUUGGAUCAAUCAGUUGGGUUGGGAUGCUAUGGCCCUUGUCAAAGGAUCCUCAGUUUUUUUGUUAAGUUUGGAAAAAAGGAUCAUUCCAAGGGCCCAAGUAGUGCAAUAUCUGCUGAAGAAAGGUUUGCGAAAAAAGACUGCAAGCAUGAUUUAUCCAUUUGUAAUGUCCGAUAAGUUGUUUCUUGAUAUGUUUAUAAAACGUUUUGAGGAGUCCUCUUAUCUAUUAAAGCUGUAUGAGGAAAAAUUAAAUCUUGCAUACACCACGGACAAAACUUGCUUGUCAUGAUAUCAUGAUUAGAUUUUCAGAUUCGCAGACAGCUGAGUAGAAAUCUGUUAUUUGAUUCAAGUCUCCACAUAUUUCUUUUUGGUAGGCCUCUUUGAUCGAGGUCCAUUUUUGUAACGUCUAUUGAGUCUAUGUAAUUUGCAACUAUUUUGGAGUCUAGAAUUUUUUUGGGAAGUGUAUUAAGCAAUUUGAUUAUGUUAUUUAAAUUAUGACUGGAUUGAAAGCUGAA